AUGACACCAGACUACGACAUCGCCAUCGUAGGCGCCGGCAUCGUCGGCUCGUCCCUCGCCGCCCGGCUUGCACCGCACGCUCGCGUCCUCCUCGUCGACAGGGACGUGCGCGGCCUCCGGGGCUCGACGGGACAUGCCCCCGGUUUCGUGGGGCAGUUGAACUCGCGCGCGCCUCUGACCGAGCUUGCCAAACGCUCUGUUGAAGCAUACCGUCAAAUCGCCGGAGGUUUUAAUCCCGUGGGAGGCCUGGAAGUCGCUUACACAAUUGAGGAACUAGAAGGGAUGGAACCGCGUGCGGUAUUGGCUCGGUCUCGUGGCCUGCGAGCUGAGAUAGUUGGCGCAGAGCAGGCCCACACUCUUGCUCCGGCAUUCGUGGAGAAUUCCGCUGGGGCACUGUAUUUCCCAGACGACGGGACGGCCAAUGCACGCGUCAUCACGGCCGCGUACCAAAAUACAGCGAUUUCUUGUGGCGCAAGGUUCCUCGACGCAAACGUGUUGGCAGUGGAGGGAAACGCGAUUGUGCUUUCUAACGGGACGAUUAGCGCGACGAUUAUCGUGGUUUGUACGGGUGUGUGGUCUGGCCAACUGCUUUCUCUCCCGGCCGUCGUGAGUGUCGCGCAUCCGUACGCGUACUCUGCCACACGGGCCACGAGGCCGAAUAGCCCGUUCGUUCGUUUUCCAUCAGCACACGUCUAUGCGCGCGAUCAUGGAUCCGUCGAUGGCGUGGGAAGCUACGACCACGACCCGGUACACGUGAGUACGCGCGCCAUGGACCGGCACCAUACCGCGACAGGGGCAUGGGAUGAUGUUUUCGAUGACGCCAUCACUCGGGCUCUCGCCAUGUUACCUACACACACGGCGGCGGGAUUCAUUGGGAUGACUACGGCCGACAAAGGAGAUGCAGCGGAGGGAGGAGAGAAAGCCGACGCCGCAUUCGCGGCCAUGGUUAAAUCGCGCGAGGAGGGGACGGCAUACGCGUUUAAUGGAUUGUUCCAGGUGACGCCGGAUGGAAUGCCCCUGGUGGGUCGGGUUCGGGAGGGAGUGUAUGCUGCGGUGGGAGUCUGGGUCACACAUGCUGCGGGGGCGACGGGGUUGAUUGCGGACAUGAUCCUGCAAGACCUUGGCAAGGGGGAGAUGAAAGAUGCCGAGUUGCGGGAAGCGCUGGACCCACUCCGCUUUGGGGACAGGGAAGUGGUGGACACGGCGCUGCGUACAUACAACGACAUUUGGGCCAAGGAACACGCCCAGGUGCAAGGUGAUGGUUUGUAG